AUGGACUCAUUCACUUUCGCCAUCAUCGCAGCAGCAGCCACGUUCAGCGCGGGAGCUUUGUUGUAUGAAGUUCAAUCGAAUUUAGUUUAUCCCGCAAAACAACAUCAUGAAGUAGCACCUCUAAUUUUGGAAGACGGAAUUCCAUUCAAAGAAGCUACAUUGAUGACGAGUGACAAUAUUAAAAUUCGAACAUAUGUUUGCAAACCUAUUAAUGAGAAAGAAGCUCGAGAAAGACCAACAAUAUUAUUUUUUCAUGGAAAUCGCGGAAAUACAGGUUAUCAAUCUAAGGCCAUUUCUAAAUUUUACCGUGAAUUAAAGUGCAAUGUUGUUUUACCUUCUUAUAGAGGAUACGGUCAUAGCGAAGGUAAACCUACUGAGGCAGGUAUCAAGAUUGACGCACAGACCGUUUUAGAUUACAUAAGAAAACAUACCGUGUUAAAGGACACGAGACUAAUCGUUUAUGGACGAUCACUAGGUGGAGCAGUGGCUAUUGAUCUUGUUUCAAAAAAUGAAGACAAGAUAGAUGCCUUGAUAGUAGAAAACACAUUUCUUAGUAUUCCCAAGCUUCUUCUGACGUACUUUUAUCCAAUUCGUUAUCUUACCGCUUUCUGUACGCAAAUAUGGCCAUCGGAACUGUCAAUAUGUGAAAUCAAGAAAAUUCCAAUUUUAUUUCUUUCAAGUUGUUGCGAUAAAAUAGUACCGCAAGAACAUAUGAAAACUUUAUACGAAUUGGUUGCAACAAAAGAUAAAAAAUGGGUGGAAUUUCCAAAUGGCAAACAUAUUGAUACUUCUCAUCAACCUGGAUUCUUUGAGGCUAUUGAAGAAUUUUUGUCAGAUGCUAUUAAAAAGAAAUAA